UUGUCACUUAUUCCAAGGUGUUUUACUUUUCUGAUAGAAAUCAGCUGGCUGAUUUGGUAACUUAAUCUGUCUGCAAAUCAGGUUGCCCUGUUUAAACGGUCAUAGUGAAAAUACGGUGGUCUAUGCUGUGUGUAGCUGCAUUUUUUUUGUUUCUGUUACUUGCAGAUGGGUAGCAGUUUGGGGAUCCCUUGGGCUUUGAAGGCGAUAAGCAUUUUACUUUGCCACCAUUCUUGGAAAGAACGUUUUAACCCAGCAAUUCAGCGGUAUUUCCGGUUGCUCAUUUAUGGAGUUUCUGAAGGGCAGCAGUGAUUAUUGCCAGGCACAGCACGGCCUCCUUGCUGACAAGUGAACUUGGGUCUCUUUCCUACCAUUCCACUGGGAAACGACCUUAAACGGAAAAUUGACAUCAACAAACUGGGAUUCCUCUGGAUACUGGAUUUAAAAAUUAGAUAAUUUGUGAGAAGAAGAGGGCAGUUGUUCUUCCAGUGACCUUGUCUGGAUGGGGUAAAUCUACUGGUGUUUUGUGCACUUGGAUGCUUUAAGUAGCACCAUUGCACAGGGACACCAACCUUCUGCGUUCUAUAUCUAGCUGUCAGUGGAGGUUUAAAAGCACAAGUACCAAGAGUGAAAACAAACACAGUUCUGCUUCGUCUCCCUAUUUUUAAAACUUGAAUUAAGUAUUGCAGCCACAAUGAACCGCCCAGCCCCAGUAGAAAUACGUUCCGAGAGUAUGAGAUUUCUCAUCACACACAACCCAACUGAUGCUACGCUCAACAAGUUCACAGAGGAGCUCAAGAAGUACGGUGUUACCACGCUGGUUCGAGUUUGUGAAGCAACCUAUGACAAAGCUCCUGUUGAAAAUGAAGGCAUCAGGGUUUUGGAUUGGCCUUUCGAUGAUGGUGCUCCACCUCCUACCCAGAUUGUGGAUGACUGGUUAAAUCUGUUGAGAGAGAGAUUUCAUAAUGAUCCUGGAUGCUGCAUUGCUGUGCACUGUGUGGCAGGACUGGGACGAGCUCCGGUUCUUGUUGCACUAGCACUGAUUGAAUCAGGAAUGAAGUAUGAAGAUGCAGUUCAAUUCAUCCGGCAGAAAAGACGUGGAGCUUUUAAUUCAAAGCAACUACUUUACCUCGAGAAAUAUCGGCCAAAAUUACGUUUGCGCUUCAGAGCGUCUAAUAGUACCAGCUGCUGCAUCCAGUAGCAUUCUAGGACCAGACUGUAGACAUCCUGGUGACACGAACACACAAUUGAGAUGUAUCCACGCUGUGGUGAAGUCAAGAUCGUCAAUCUUGGAGUGAAUUUUUAAAAAAAGAAAUCUGUCUUUUGUGGUGAAGGAAUUGUGUAUGUUUCAUAUUAUGAUUGAUCUUAUCAGGGAGGUUUCAAGGAGUCUAUAGAAAGGAAUUCAUUACCUCUGUGAACAGGAGGUUAAGAUUAUGUCUGUGCAAAGCCCCGCACUCUGUCACCUCAAUUUGUAAACCUCACUUGUAUUGCACAAUAACUUGAUGAGGAUAUGGUUUGAUGCAAUAGUUUAUCCUUCUGAUUGCUACAGGUAGGCAAAAUAAAGGUGGAAUCUGGCACUGUAAUUGUUUUGUAUUUGAUUUCGGGGAAAUGAUGCCAUCCUUUAGAAGUAAUCAUUGUUUUGAUUUAUAUAUUUACAGAACCUAAGAAUUAAAUCUGGAAUAACAUCUGUAUUUUAAUCUCUUUUUAAAUCUGCCAACGCUUUUGUCCAAAAUGUUUGAGAAGCAAGAAAGGAUCUGUCCUUUCAACAAAAGCCGAACAAUUUUUGGUUUGGAGUGCCUAUGCAAUGGUACUCUAGUGUACAUGAAACAUUUCUCAAAAUCUGAAAAGUGUUUGUUAGAUUUUGUAGCAUUGGCUUUGAGUUCCAUUUCUAGGAAAGGUCCACCUAAUAUGACUUAGAAUCUUUAUGGUCAACUGGAUAAUGUUUCACGCUUCAUUCAUCCCUGGGUAUUCUGACUUGACCAGAGGAAUAGAGAAAAUGAUCACACGGGCUUCUGUGGGGAAACAAAAUAGUUAAGCGUCACUGGGUCAAUCACUUGUCUGUAUUAGAUAUCCUUGCAGCAGUGUUGUAAUUGGGAAGGAGGAUAUUAUCCCAGGUGGAUAUUUUGCUGUUAAUGCAUUUUUCUGUGGUCUUUGAACACAGAAGAAUGAUGCCACAGUAAUGUUAUUCUUUAAUUAUUGUUACCAAUUUAUUCUGAAUAGGAAAAUAAUGGUAAGUGAAGUGGAUUGAGACAGGCAGUGUGCUGGUAGUAUAGGAGGAUCGAUCCACUUUAUAUCUGCAUAACGUGCAGCCUGAAUAGUUUUGCCAACCAGCUGAAGGAAGCUUAGAGGAGACUGAUUAAAAAGUGGAAUUAUUAUUACAGUGAAAGCACAUGUCUAACAAUGGACAUCCAUUUUGUGCUCCCAUUUAAAUUCAUAUUAAAGCUUUGUUUGUCUUUAACAUUCAUUCACCUUAAAAAUUAGAUUUAUUGUUUUAUGAAACUUUUCAAGCCAUUGCAAAUCAGAAGGCCAGUUGAACUGGAUUUAAUUUUUAUUCACUUCCAUUUUAGCAUAGGGGCAGGAACUUAGUGAGAUGGCUUGUGUAAAAUGAAAAUUGUUUAAUCUUUGGGGAAAGGAGGCACUUGUUAGUUGUGUCCAACAAUCAUCUUAAGGUGAAAUUGCUUCUGAGUUGCGGUUUAAUUUUUUAAAGUUUUUUUUAAAUGCUUUAAUUUUUAUUUCUGUACGGGAACUUCUUUUGUGUUACGGAAAGCAUUGCUACUGGAUGAACAGCAGUAGGUGUACCAGCCCAAUGGUUUCAAACAGCUUGAAAUGUUGCUUCAGUAAACUGUUUUGUGGUUUUAUUGUAAUACUACAGGUGUGGCUGGUGCAAGAGCUUCCAACACUCGUGGCCAAAUAUGCAAAGUUGCACUGCAAUGCAUGUACAAUGCAGAAUCUGCAGAACCAAUGGGCAGCUUUUUUUUAAUAUAAUUUUUAAAAAAUCUUUAUUCAACUCUGUUGGGUCUUAAUUUUAACAGAAGGAGCUUCAAUGUUCCUCACUAAGUGUGAGGCUGAGCUGGUGAUUAGCUUUGCAAGAUAAACUGACCAGAGUCUGUAGCUAAAGUAACACAUUUGAUGGAGGGCUUCCUGUUUUUGUAACAUUUUAGGAUCCUGCAUACUGCCUCUUGCUGCCAUCCUUUAGCCAUGACUUGUAUGCUCAAAAUACAUGGUUAUAGGGAUACAGUCCAGUACAGAAAUGUGUAACAAAUUUAAACCCACUAAAAGUCCCUGAAAAAUGCUUAUAAUUCUGUUUCUUCUAUUGGAAGCACUAGUUUUGUGGCCAACCUCAUGUCAGCUAUCUUGUGUAAUAUGAAAAAUGUCUCACAUUAUGAGAAGAACUGUGUAGCUUAGAUCAUAUCAGUUAGAUUGUCUAAAGCCUGGCUAAUCGUUAACUGUACUUACAGUGUUAAAACUAAGUGUUAGUUUUAAAAUUGUCCAUUACUAAUUCAUGGCUCUUCUGAUUUGCCUUUUUCCCCAAUGCUAGGCAAGCCUCUUGCAGAAUUUUCUGAACCGUUUAUUAUAUUUUCAACAUUUAAGUGUACAUCACAGGAAUUUGUUGGAAGGAAAACUUCCAUACGUCUCCAAAAAAAAAUCCAAAGGAUUUUGCCUUAAUUUGCAGCACAAUGAAUGUGUUAAAAUACUGAUUCCAUUUAGUCUUAGAUAUACACACUAUUAAAUGUCAGUGGGAAUGACUUCAGAAGUAGCUGCAUGGUUAAGAAGCACACAAACUUGAAUCAAUUAGACUACAUGUUACUGAGACAAAAGUCUAAUAGCAUUGCACUCUAACUUGGGCAUUCAGGGUAGCUUUAUUAUUAAUAUGUUGUUACCCAUGGGCUUAUUUGAAACAUCAGUUACACAGUAAGCAAAAUUGGGCUCUUAGGGUGCCUUGUAUUUACUGACUUAACUAGGGAAUUAAUGUAAGCCAGGAAGGGGGCCUUUGUAGGACCUAUAACACAAUCUGCAUUAGGUCAAAAUGGGCAAGCUGUUUUGCACUUUCAGUGGAAGGGCAAGAUCAAGAUCUCCUGUAUUUGAGUAUUACAAGGGCCUACAAAGUUAUGCCACAUUGGACAAUUAGCUAAUGAUUCAUUUGUUAUACUUAAACACUGAUUGAACUUCACAUGGUCAAAUUUGCCUCCAUCUUCAAGAGCCCUAACCAGUAAGAAUUUACAGGCCCUAACAUUGAGAGGGUUUAGUUUGGUGCUGCACCAAGUACAUCUUGUGCAUUGGAAAUGAAUUAGGUUCUUGGCGAAAAUAUUUGCAAAGCAUUCAUGAGCACUGAUGUGCAGGUUUUUUUCUCUAUUUCUUUGAGCUAGUUUGUAUUUUUUGUCUGCAGCCAUCAGCUGGGUACUAUUUUAUUUGUGUACAUCUCAUGACAGUUACUAAUGGAGCUAAGAACAGUAGGAAUAAUGGACUGGCAUUUGCAAGUAAGGUACUGCAACCACCAGCUCAUUGCUGAAAUGCCUCAGUAUAUUUUACCCAGUCAUUUCCAGUGAGGACCUUUGAUAUCCCAACUGCUAUACAGAUUUUUCUGUGAAUUUUCAUGUUACCGAUCUUGUGCUUUCAGCUGCUAAGAUACGUGCACGAGUGAAAUGAUAAGAUUUCUUAUCAUGAUUUCAAAAGGUUCACAUGUAAGGCUAAUCAAUAUUUUGUCAUUUCAAAAUGAAUAUACUAUUCUAAAUGGUGAUUUUUUGAAGAACUUAGUGAUGCCUGUCCUAGAAAGACUGCAUUCCUUUCAAUUGGCACAUGCUGUUUCUCAAAGGUAGCUCAAAUCGACAAAAAUAGUUAACCAAAUCUGAAACUUGAGCAGGCCUUGGAGUGUGGUAUUUCCUGUUGAAAGUGGGCACCGAGAAUGAGAGAGAGAAAGUGCUGACGUUCUGUUGCCUGUGAUUUGAAUUAAACUGAAGUGUCUGUAAAGUGACUGAGUGGCAUGAAUCUCAUACCUAUCCUAGGUAAUUCUGUGUCAACACCACUGAUCUGCCUUUUCUGUGUAUGCCUGGGGUAAGGGGCUGUUUGUGUGUAUGUGUGUGUGUAUGUAUACUAGCAAUCACUCAGCUUUAUUAUAAAAAACUUAAGCCAAUUAUGUUCCAAGUAUAUAUUUCUCAUUUUGCAGAACAAAAUAGCAUUGGAACUACAGCUCAUUGUUGCAGGAAAACUGUCCUUGCUGUGAGCUGUGUUUACCUUCUUUGUAGACCAAAGGGAUUCAGUCUUUCUGGAAUAGUAUUUCUGGUAUAAAUACUGCUUUUAUUGAUUUGAUAUUAAAAAGAUCAAUUGACUUCA